CAUUCAAGUCUACCCCCACCUCACUUUCUCUCUCGUUUUGUGCCAAUUCACAGUCCCAGUUCUUCUCCCACAUAAACCCUUUGGAUUCGAACGCCCAAUUUUCUUCCCCAAAUCGAUUUGCUUCUCUGCAGAUCAAGCAUUCAGCACCCAAGCGCAUACAAGUUUGAUUGAAACUAAAAAAGAAAACAAAAGAUGUCUCAGGUAGCGGCAGAUGUUCCCAAGGGUGGUUUCAGUUUUGAUCUUUGUCGAAGAAACGACAUGCUUGCAAAGAAGGGAGUUCAGCAGCCAUCUUAUAGGAAGACGGGAACCACCAUUGUUGGUUUGAUUUUUAAGGAUGGUGUCAUUCUUGGAGCUGAUACAAGGGCAACUGAAGGACCCAUUGUGUGUGAUAAGAACUGUGAAAAGAUCCAUUAUAUGGCACCUAAUAUCUAUUGCUGCGGAGCUGGAACUGCUGCUGAUACAGAGGCUGUAACAGAUAUGGUGAGCUCACAGCUGCAACUGCAUCGCUACCAUACUGGUCGUGAAUCUCGGGUUGUGACAGCCUUGACCUUGCUCAAGAAACACCUUUUCAAUUACCAAGGUCAUGUGUCAGCUGCUUUGGUGCUCGGGGGUGUUGAUGUCACUGGACCCCAUCUGCAUACUAUAUAUCCCCAUGGAUCAACCGACACACUGCCAUUUGCUACAAUGGGUUCUGGUUCUCUUGCCGCAAUGGCCAUGUUUGAGUCCAAGUACAAAGAAGGCAUGACUAGGGAUGAAGGCAUAAAGCUUGUAACUGAAGCAAUAUGCUCUGGAAUUUUCAAUGACUUGGGAAGUGGAAGCAAUGUUGAUGUUUGUGUAAUAACUAAGGGACACAAGGAAUACUUGAGGAACCACUUGGUGCCCACCCCUCGUACCUAUGUCAGUGCAGAAGGCUAUAAGUUUACCAAGAAGACUGAGGUUCUCUUCACAAAGAUCACUCCGUUGACUAAGAAGGCGGAGGUGAUUGAAGGAGGCGAUGCAAUGGAAGAGUGAAACCACCACUUCACAAGGAUCAUGUGAUUGUUCAUGUCGUAAUUCAGUUUCCAGUGGAAAACCUCAGCUACUUCAUCCCAACUUGUUAUGUCUUUCUCCAUCCAUCGCGGAUUGAUCUCGAAAUACAUCGCAAUCACUUUGUGAAUUUGUUAAGAAUUAUUAGCGUUAUCCAGACUUUUAGGUUGGUCUUUAACAGAUGUUAUAACUUUCCGUAUUUUGCAAAUUAUUAGAUAACGUGCUUUUGGCUGAA